GCCAAGUACAACAAUAAGUUCCCAUCUCGAAAGCGGAAGCAUUUAAAACAUAUAUAAGUGUAUUAUAAUCUGAACAUUGUGCACUUUAGAAAAUACGACAGGAUUCGAGCAGCACUUACUUGAAAGUUUUAAUAAUUAAAUUGCUUCCAAGACAGUUACUGUACUUACAAGACCACAGACCAGGAUGGACCAAGAGGAAGCUAUGGAACUUUCUGGCGAGUCAAACUUGGUCUCUAACCUUCACAACUUCAGCUUUGAUGUCUCAUGGUCUACUGGUGCCAGGGAGGUGAGUCCACCAAUUGAGAGACGACGCUUCACCACAGUUCUCUCCCCUGCUAGAUUUGUUCCUCAUGUGGGGAGCCAUGUGGCAGGGCCAAGGGUUGUUCUGCAGGAAAGGCCUCUCAACUGCAGCACACCCACAGUCAAGGUUUCCCAGAAGGGUUGCUAUGGUUCCCAGCCAAGCCCAGUUGUCAUGGCCAGUGCUGACUUCUCUCCCAUGGAGGUAGACAAGGAGAACAGCUACGUCAGUGAGCGUGAACCUGGGACAAAGCUGAGGAAAAGACACAGUGACUUUGGUGUGUCGUACAGCAGUGCCAAGUCAGAGAGCCCUGAGAGGGGGAAGCCCAGGCGCUCCAUGCUGGUGAUACCCGAGCAGGGCGCCCCUUACAGGGAGCCAGCCCCUACAGGCCCCCCUGCCUCAAGCACCAGCCCCUUGGAGGACUCUGUGUUCCAUGGUGACCAGGGCAACAUUAGAAAGCUGAACCCUUCCAAACCACAGACAGUGAAGUCCAGGCCAACCAAAUUGAGCAGGUCCCAUGCAAGUACAUCCAGUUUAUCAUCCAGCUUCCUUGAGGGUAAUAAGCGGUCAUCAACACUGGCUCUUCUGAUGGCUAUUCUGUUAAUUUCAGCUGGACUCGCAGCCUACUAUUAUUCUAAUUUAGAGAGUUGUGAGAUUUUUGACAUGGAUCUUGUCAAGCUGAGACACAAGCUGGAAGAUAAUGUGUUUGGUCAGCAUAUUGCAGUUAAAACUAUCCUCGAUACACUGGAGACAUUCAAACAUGAGGUGAACACUGGCAGGGGCCAACAGAGUCUAGUCAUGUCUUUUCAUGGAUGGACAGGAAUUGGGAAAAACUAUGUGAGCAGGUUUAUUGCUGAAGCAUUCUUUCAUUCUAAAGUGUCCUUAUUUAUAGCACCACUGCAUUUUGUUCGCUUGACUGAUAAUUUAGAAGGAAAGGACACAUUAAAAAAGUGGAUUAUUGGGAAUAUUACAUACUGUGGUGUAAGUGUCCUAAUAUUUGAUGAGAUUGAUAAAGCUGCACCAAGCCACCUGCAAGCUAUUCUAGAAGUCUUAGUUAAUUUAAGAAGCAAUGUUGGUGCACCUGCAGACGUUAGCAAGCAACAUUCCAGCCCUAAGAGUAGUUCUGUUCCUGUGUUUUUGUUUCUGAGUAAUUCCAAGGCCAGUCAGAUUAACAGCUACUUGUUUUCACAGAUGGUGUUGGAACGUCAGAGAGACUUGAUAAGAAAAGCUGAAUUUGAUGAUAUAUUUGAAGGCAGCCAUGCUGAAUGGUUUAAUGAGUUCCGUUCAGCAGGCCUUAUAGACAGCUACGUGCCAUUCCUGCCCCUGGCAGAGGGACAUGUGAAGCAGUGCAUUGAGAGAGACUUCAUUGCAAAGGGACGCGACCCAACCCACGAACUGGUCACUUCUGUUAUGGAAGAGUUGUCAUUCUUUGAAAUGGGCGGCAAGCAUGGCCAGAUAUCUCUGACUGGGUGCAAACGGGUCAGUGACAAAGUGGACUUACAUUUAGAAGAUUAACAAGCUCAUUAUGAACCAGUUUUUCAACAAAGUUGUUGAUCCUGGUGAUCCUGAAGAUUGGGGUAUGGCCGAUGGGCAGCGUCAACAAGUGGUUUCUGGUCACAGUUUGCAUUUCCCAUUACCCUUUAUUGAUGGAGCUUGAAUGAAGACCUAGCUUGGUGUUGUAUUUGGGGCUAGUUGGGUCAAAGUCACUGCUAAUAAAAAACGGUCUCUGCUCAAAUACUUUAUUUUGGAUGGGGAAAUUCUGCUGAAAUUGUGUGUAGGAAGCUUACAUGAAGACCAAGCUUUGGAUUGCAUUUGGGGCAAGUCUUGUCAAGGUCAGGGUCUUUGUUGUACAGGUUCUACAAUAGAAAAACUGUUUCCUCUCAAUAAUCGAGUUGUAUACGUGUAUUUUUUUAUUGUGUUUGUUGGAAGCUUACACACAGACCUAGUAUUUGAUUCCACAAUUAUUUAUAUUAAUUGAAUAGAAUAGCAAAAACGUUGAAAACCUCGUUUUGUGGAAUUGCCAUGUUUCUUGUGUAUGAUUUAAUGAAUGUAUCUAUUUAGGAGAAUGUUAUUACAUGUAUUUAAAUUGUGUAUACCUACUGCAGUAUUAUGAUUGUUGAUUUUGGAUAUUUUUGUUCUUCGUGGUAUUAAAUAUUAGACUUCAUAUAUGCUUGAAUUAUAGAAUUAUAAGGGGCAAUCUGUCUCUGCUUGUGUGCACUCUUAUGUGAGCUUUUCUUCCUAAAUUGUGCAUGUGAUUUUUGUCAACCUUACAGAAUCAUUAUCACUAAGUGUUACAGCAGCAUAUUGUGAAGCUUUAGCUAUUGAAUUGUUUUAACUUAAUUGAGCACAUAGGGCAUAUUAGAGGAUACUCUGUUGUC